GCCGUAAGCAGGCCAAACAAAGAUGAGAUGUUCCAGGGGACAGGGGACAGAUAGUCGGAUAUAUGACUUGAGUUUUCACGGCUCAAAGGAGGGGUAAAUGUAAGUGUUUCGCCAUGAACUGUCAGGGAGACUGAAACAUUACAGAAUGUGCUCGAGGGUGUGGCCUGUUUCAUUUUUAGAGCUUUCAUGGACUAACAGAAGGAAGUGGAGGGUGCAGCAUUGCUCACUUUGCUUCAGUAAAGCCUGCACUCCGGUGCCGUACUGGCAUUUAUGUUACGAAGUCCCAUUUCGUUAAUGAACACGAACUGAUCAGCAAGGGUGCCCAGGCGUGACGAGGUAGUAAACGCAGCACCAAACAGCGAGACACGCCGUGUGGCCCGCGGUGCCCGCAGAUCUCAUACAGCGCGUUUAAAAACACGGAAGAGCGAGGCGGCCAGACCACAGGACCACAGAGUACAGGGCUGUGAAGAGAGCCUGCGUAACCAUUGCCAAUUGAUGUUAAGGAGAGACGUGGCACAGACAGGGGAGCGAUGCGGAGAGGAAAGCGAAAGGCCGGCAACAGGGACAAAGUCUUCGGCUGUGACCUGUUGGAGCACCUGGCUGCUUCUUCCCAGGAGAUUCCCCUGGUACUACGGUAUUGCAGUGAGUUUAUCGAAGAGCAUGGAGUCGUGGAUGGAAUCUACCGGCUGUCCGGAGUAUCUUCCAAUACUCAGAAGCUGAGGACGGAGUUUGAUGAGGGCUCCCCAGACCUCAAUAAGGAAGUGUACCUGCAGGACAUACACUGCGUCAGCUCCCUCUGCAAGGCCUACUUCAGGGAGCUGCCCAACCCACUGCUCAUGUACCAGCUUUACGACAAGUUUGCCGAAGCAGUAUCCAUUCAUCUGGAGGACGAAAGACUGGUGAAGAUCAAGGAUGUUCUGAAAGAGCUGCCUACUCCCCACUACAGGACUCUGGAGUAUCUGAUGCGUCAUCUAGUGAGAAUGGCCGCUCACUCCUCGCAAACCAACAUGCACGCCAGAAACCUCGCCAUUGUGUGGGCGCCCAAUCUGCUCAGGUCAAAGGACAUCGAGGCAUCAGGUUUCAAUGGCACGGCUGCGUUCAUGGAGGUGCGUGUCCAGUCCGUGGUGGUGGAGUUCAUCCUGACCCAUGUGGCCCAGCUCUUUCCGGAAGAAGGCAAUACCGGCGAGCGCAGACAGUCCCUGCCCUCACCAGCGUUCGCCUGCAUCGAAGACAAGAUUAGCCCUUCGCUGUUCGCAGGCACCAUCAGUCCCGGCGAUGGACCUCUCCCCAUGCGGCCGUACCACACCAUCAUCGACGAAAAGAGGAAGGGCUCGCUGAAGAGCAGGAAGUGGACGUCCAUCUUUAAUCUGGGGAGCAGGCUUAAUGAGAAGAAGCAUAAGUGUUCCAGAAAAGAGAAGGAGAAGAGCAGCCUGAGACCUGCCAAAAGCAUGGACUCACUGAGUUCUCCCUCUCAGGAAGGACAUGGGAAGCGGCCAGACCAAUGCCUCCUGUCGUCUCCCAGUCAGCAGCUGACGGUCACACCGGGAGGUGGCGAGUCUGGCGGCCUUGCGGCCUCUACUGGUGGCAUGGGCAGCAGCUAUGCGGUGACGUACCGCAGGGGGGGAGGUGCCAGUGUGAGUAUGGUGAGCGGAGGGGGCACCCCCGGCACCUACAGUCGGCUGGACUCUGGGGGCGGCCUGGCCACCGUCAUAACGGACCGCCCGAUACCCAGAUCCCCCGCUGCCAACAGCAGGGCCGAGCGCCGAGCGGGCAUCCACAUCUCGGGGCCCUUCUCUGUCACCGUGCCCCUGCACAUCACAUCGGGCCUGGCCCUGGGAGUCCUACAGGGGGCGGCGGGAGAAAAGGCGGAGGAGCCAGGGGGCCAGAGAGGAGAGGACAGGGAGCAAGGCGGGAAGGAGAAGAGAGUCGAGCCGGGAGAGUCCCAACAGCAGGCGAGAAAGGGGGAGCAAGAGGGCAAGGGAGGCGGGGAUGGAGAGAAGGAUCUGGAAGAAGGAGAGGCUACAUCAAAGGAUGGGCGAAGAAGCAGGAAAGAUGGUGAAGAAGGAGAAGCAAGGAGGCAAGGCGCUGAGGAGCAGAUAGAGAGGGCUGUCAAUGGAGUGAGUGUGGAGGAGCGUCCAUCAAAGGCCGGAGGAGAGAGAAGAAAGGAAGGAAGUGAAGGUGAGGGAAGAUCAGAUGCUGGACAGCCAGCCGAGAACAAAGAGGAACAAGAAGACGAUGAGGAGCAGGAGUAUAUGGACAUGAAAGGCAGCAUACCGCUGUAUGACGACUCUCAGGACCUGCCACUGGACUUCCAGGAUACAUUUGGCUUCCUUGACGUCUUGGACAACAUGACAUCAAAUCAGGUGAACGAGUUCUCUGUAGAGCCCCCAUGUUAUGACACAGAAGAAGAGGAGGAUUUGAGAGAUGAAGAGAAGGACCAGCAAGUACCCAGUUUGUCCUGCCAGGAGCUGGAGCACCUCCCCGAAGAGGCGAUAGAGAGUAACCCCCCCACAGAGCUGGACAAAGAGGACACGGAGACGCCUGUCCAACUACGCCAGAAAAACAACCAGCUGGGCUUCCCCCCACACAACCGGGCCUGCAAGUCACAGAGCCUACCUUACAAAGCAGGCCUCUUCCUCCAAACGGCCAUCAAUUUUAACGAAGAGUAUGAUGAUGAUGAUGAUGAUGAUGAUGAUGAUGAUGAAAGUGAAGACGACGAAGGAAGUGAAGAAGACGAUAAUGAAGAUGACCAGCUGUUCUUUAGUCUGCCAUCCAGCAUGACGUUCCGCAGCCAGCGCCAGGAAGAUAUGGAGCACAGUGUGACCCAAAACAUCGAAGAUGGCCGCACCUCCCAACUAGGUCCAGCAGGGGGCGACGGUACCGGACUCAGCCCGAGUGCUGAGGACUUAGAGGCAGAAGUGAAGGAGAGAACAAUGGAGCCACCAGGCUCAGGGCCGGCUGUCGACGCAGAAGCAGCAGAGACAGCGGUGGACCAUGACGAGGUCGAGGGUGAAGAAGGAAGGCCAGAGCAGGCGGAGAAGACAGAGCAGGGAGACCCAGCAAUCGAAACACACAGACAGCGUGAGGAAGAGGAGUGUCAAGCCGUGGGAGUUCGCAGCGAGGAGGAGGAAGACAGUUGUGAUGUCAGAGGGACUCCAAGCAGGUCUGAGGAUAGCCAAGACCACAUGGAGGCUCCAGAUGAAGCAGAAAGUGGUUCACAGGUGAACACUGUGCAGGAGAAGCCUGAGGCUACGCAAGCUAACACUGAAAGAGACGAUUCUGAAGGUUGUUGUCAGUGCGUCGAUCUAGGGGACUCAACAGACGGGACACCACUGGAAGAGGAAGCUCUCAGUUUGGGUGUGGAGCCUACAACCCCACCUGGAACAGAGGACGUUUCUCCUCCCGGGACACCUUCUGAGCUGCCCCCUCUGUCCCCGAAUUCUUCUGAGAUGCCACCAGAGGAUAAUGUUGUUAAAGAGGGGACCAUAGCCGUCAGUGAGGAUGCCAUGGCUGGGAUUUCUACCGAGGGGAGAGAAGCUUGCCUUCCCUCCGAGAAUGUGGAGGAACGACCCGGAAGCUCCACUGAGAUGACAGAACAAGGAGAGAGAGAGGUAGCUACUGACAGAGAGGGAGAGGGAGAGGAGGGAGAGGAAGGAGAGGAAGGAGGCGAGGCCCAAAUUAGCGAUGAUAUGCAGGAGCAACAGGACAGCAAAGAAACACACGUGGAUUCCUCAGGACAAGAUGACAAUGACUAUGCAGAGAUGAUAGAGACUGAUGGACUAUCAGAAGUAGCAGAUACAGAAGAAGAACACAAUGAAUCUGAAAUCAACAAAAAUAUCCGGGAAACGAAUAAGGAAAUUAAAGACGGAGGAGAGGAAUGGAGGGAGAGCAUGGAGGAGCUGAAGGUAGGGCAGGAUGAGAAAUCUGAGAGGGCGACGGAGGUAGAACUGGGGCUGCUGAGAACUCUGGUGGUGUCAAAACAAGUGCAGCCAAAAGUGUACCACGCCAAGGCAGUGCCCGUCGUCCCACCCAAACCCCAGCUGUCCAAACUGGCAGCCCUGAACCUCCGACAGCAGCAGCUGCAACGAGAGAGCAAGAGAGGGAAAGAGGGAGAGUGGCAGAGGGACCGGGAUAAAGAUAGAAACAGAGAAGGACAGGGGUCCAAGGAAGUGGACAGGGAGGUGAAGAGGAACAGUCCGAUAAGCAUGUAUUUUGAUCAGGCUGUUGCCAUGGCUACCGAGAGAAGAGGGAGGGAGAUGGAAGACAGAGAGCGGGAGAGAGAGAAAGAAAGGGGGAUGGAUGAAGAAUGCGAGACAGAAGAGAAAGGGACUGAUGGAGAAUAAUGCAAAUGCACGGUAGGGGGCGAUAUUGUAUAACCUGCAGAAAUGAUGUUUCGCAUUCAUGGUGAACCAUGAAUAAUAGAAGGUAAGAAUAUAUAAAACAGAA